AUGAACAUUCUACAUGCCUUUAGCAUCAACAAUGUUGGACUGCUUCACUACGUUGGUACUGCCUUGAUAGUGACAGUCCUCGUGGUUACAAUUCGACGCCUCUUCUUUGAUCCCCUUGCCAAAAUACCUGGACCAUGGUACGCUAAAUGGACGGACGUGGUGCUGAAGAUCAAAUCGCUCUCGGCCACUGGCCCCAUAUACGUAGACAAACUACAUGAGAAGUAUGGUCCGAUGGUGCGACUAGGGCCGAGCCAGGUCGGUGUGACCGAUAUUUCAGCCGCUAAGAAGAUUCAUACUGUCAAAGGCGACUACGUGAAGACCGACUACUACCUAGGACUCGGAUAUCGAAAGGAGAACGUAAUCAACACCCAAGAUCCGGAAACUCAUCGUCGGCAUCGAAAAUUGCUGAGUCAGCCCAUAUCUGAGAGGAGCUUGAAGGCAAUGGAGCCGCAGAUUGAAGAGAAGAUACGGCUAACCAUCAAGAGAAUGGGCGAAGAAAUGAAAACACGAGGGGCUGCUGAUGUUUAUAAAUGGUGGAUGUUUAUGGCCACGGACACCAUUGGCCAGUUGACAUUUGGGGAGUCGUUUCAUAUGCUUGAAAGAGGAGAGGUCAAUACUGAAAUCAAAGAUAUUCAGUUGAUUGGGGCUGUCUCAAGUAUUGGGACCCAGCUAAAGGCUGUGAUGCCAAUUCUGUACCAUAUCCGGCUUCCCGGCUUUACUGACUCGCUGAAAACAAUGUCCGACAGGCAGUCAACAAGCGCGAUCGCAAAGCUACAGAAGCUAGGCGAGGAGAUGGAGAGCAAGGACCAGUUACUGUUUACCAAAUUGGUGAAAGGACUUACAAUGGAGGGUGAAUCAUUGACUGGAACUGAACUAGUCUAUAAUGCCGAAGGUUAUAUUGCUGCUGGCAGCGACACGACGUCAAACACGCUUACAUACUCAACUUGGGCCCUAUGUAGAAACCCGGAACUCAGAGAUCAGCUUGUCAAAGAACUAGAAAAUUUACCAGCAGACUUUACCGAUGAGCACUUGAAGGCUCUGCCGUACCUGAAUCACGUUAUCCAAGAAGCGCUCCGCCGCUUCCCUGUUAUCCCUAAUGGCCUUCCACGAUACGUUCCGAAAGAAGGCGCUGAGUUAGGUGGAUAUUGGCUCCCAGGUCGCACGACCGUCAUGACGCAGGCGUGGAGUAUGCACAGAAACCCAGAAGUGUUUCCCAACCCGGAUGAGUUUAAUCCUGCAAGAUGGGAGAACCCGACAAAGGAGAUGAAGGAUUCCAUGAUGGCAUUCGGUGGCGGCACAAGAAUAUGCCUCGGUAUGCAUCUAGCAUAUAUCGAGCUUCGUCUAGGGCUCGCACAUUUCUUUCGAACUUUCCCCCGCGCACGCGUGUCUACUCUUGAGGGUAUGAAAGACGAUGACAUGAUACAAGCCUUGCAUGUCGUUGCAAGCCCGCAAAGCCACCGUUGUCUUAUCGAAGUUUUAUAA